AUGUCUACAGUCCUAAUUGUCGGCGCCGGACUAGCAGGCCUAGCACUGGCCCAGGCUUUAAAAAAGCACAACAUACCGUUCAAGAUUUUUGAAAAAGAUGAACGCCAGGAUUUCCGGGCUCAAGGCUACAGACUUCGCAUCGUUCGUGACGGAAUUCUUGCACUGCAGUACGCCCUGACGCCGGAGCUUUGGGCCCUUUUUGAAAAAACAACUGCUGCUUUCGACCCUGCUGUCCCUGGAGCACGCCUUGAUGCAAUUUCGGGAGAGCCGCUUGCUGCGCCUUCAUUUCAGGGUGGUAAACCACAGGGCAUGCAGAAUGCCAUGUAUGGUGAUAUGCAGCCGUACACGGUCGACCGGGCGACUAUGCGAGAAGUUUUGCUGACGGAAUUGGAUGAUGUUCACUUCGGGAAAGAAUUCAAAUACUACGAGACGAGCGAAGACGAGGUUGUUGCCUAUUUCGGUGAUGGAAGCUCUUACAACGGAGCUCUUCUGGUUGGGGCUGAUGGAGUGUGGUCUCGCGUUCGGAAACAACUUCUGCCUAACUACUCUUUGAUCGAUACAGGUAUGCGAAUCAUUUACGGCAAGACACCUAUUACGCCAGUCUUUGAGAAAAGCAUCGCGCAAAGCCUGCUAGCUGGCAUGUCGUUGGUCCGUGAUAAAGAUACUCUCGCACCGAAGACGAUGCUUCUCGAGGCGAUCCGUUUCCCUCAGGCAGAUACCAUCUCGGAAUUCAAGUUGCCCCAUGACUAUAUGUAUUGGGUCUUGGUCAUCAACAAGGACCUUUGCGCCCUUUCUGAACAGGGCGGGUCUAGCAUGGAUCACGCCCAGACCGCCGAACUUUCACUGUCACUAUCGAAAGAUUGGGAUCAAUCUGUGCGUGCUCCACUGGAGUAUCAGGACAUGCUAGAGUCGUCUAUUUUGCGCAUCUUCUCUGCAAACCCCGAUAUGCCAGCAUGGGAACCCUCUCCUAAGGUGACGCUUCUUGGCGAUGCCAUCCAUGCAAUGCCUCCUACUGGCGGGAUGGGUGUGAACACGGCACUCCGUGGUGCGGGAGAUCUUGCUCGAAGAAUCGUCGAAACACGCCUUGAGGGUACCAAUGCCGAUCUUAUUGCUCAAUAUGAAGAGGAUUUGAGGGUAUUCGCUCGUGGGCCUUUGGCAUUGAGUUGGCAAGGGGGGCGGAUGGCGUUCAAUGCGAAGCCGAUUGAGGAGUGUGAGGUGAUUUCUAUGUAG